CCCUCCAUCCAAGGGAUGAUGUCAUCGAGUCCUAUUGAAAAGGAAUGUAUGUGUCCAUGUAUUUCUUAGUCUGCCUGCUGCCUUCAAGGUAAUGUGGAAUAAAAAGUUUCAUGAUUAGAAAUGAAAGAUAAAUGAUAUGAAAGAAAAGACCAAGUAUUCCAAGGACUAAAAUAUCAAUGUGCUUUCCUUUUGUCCUCAGUGAAGAGGUGCUAGAUGGCCAUGAUUGCCCUUUAGUGUGACAACCCAAACAAAGCAAAGCAAGACAUCAUCUUUCCUAAAACACGAAGAGCCUGCAGACUUUUAACAAGCCACCUUGAACUUUUUGUUGAUUAAAGUCAACUCGUCCUUUUGUUAGCACUUCACAUUGAAGUUGACCCUGACGAUGAGGAGAAGGAGGAGGAGGAGGAAGAGGAGGAAGAAGCAGGAGGGGGAGGAGAAGGAGGUGUUUCUUUACGUGAAGACACAAAACGCGAUGGACAAUUUCCUGGGGAGGUUUUUUUUGGAGUGUGCUCGAUGGUGAAGCUUUUACAGUCAUGAUGGAGUGAGGAAGCUGCAGGAGGAGAAGUCUUUGCACACCUUUCCUUGCCUCCGAAAACAAGCGGAUUAUCUCAGAAGUCCAGCGCAGCCAUGAUCCAGAGGAACGAGUUAGUGCUAUCCGUCCUGAGGGAUCUCCAGGAGGCCACGGAGAGCCCGGGCCUGGACACUUUGACCAGGAAAGCCCUGGAGGCAGACCAGGUCCUGACUCCAUUCCAGCUGCCCCGCACGCCUUGCCAGGAUUUCCCAGAGUGGGUCGGAGUGGAUGAAGUGGCUCAAGGAUUGUACCCGGGUGACGCCCCCGCGGAACUCCUGCCCCUGCGCUGUAAAGGAAAAGGAAACCUGUUGUUUGACGCGGCUAGCAUGCUGCUAGUGGGCAACAGUGCGCUGAGCUUGGAGCUUCAGGUAAGGACCGUAGUGGAAAUGGUCCUGUGGAAGAGGUACUACCUGUCCGGCAUGAUCGACUCCAAGAUGAUGCUCCAGGCGGUCCGCUUCAGCCUCUGCGCUGAAGAAUCCGAGGACAUGCUGAACCUCCCGGUGACUGUCCUGGAAGCCAUCUUUGACGCCGACGUUAAGGCCUCGUGCUUCCUGGGCUCUUACGCCAACAUGUGGCACGUGUACGCGUUGUCGUCUGUGCUGCAGUUCAACAUCUACUCCAUCUACCCCAUGUUCAACCUCAAGAUCCGACCUUACUUCAACAGACUCAUACGACCCAGGACGUGGCCCCAAAACUCCAAGCCACAAACCCUGCACAUCAUGUGGUCCGGAGAACUUCAUUCCGAGUCCUUGUUCCGACCAGAUCAUUUUGUAGCGUUGGUAAUGUCAAGCGAUGUCGCAUUUCGAAGUCCUGACAGCGACCCGAGGCCCUCUCCUACCAAAAGCGUCGAGCUCCCGAACCACGAGCCGCAGUUCUCCUAUCCCAGUCUGAAAGACAAGUACAACAUCACCAAGAGGACCUUCUACCGCUGGAAGAGGCAGUCUCAGGAACACUGCAAAAAGUCUGCAGCCCGCUACGAGGCUAAGUACUUCCUCCAGGCGUGCUACCUGGAAGGGAGGCUCAUCCCGCUGCACCAGUUCAAAGAGUUCUUCCCCGAAAUCUCUCGCUCGUCUUACUACAACUGGAAGCAUGAGCUCCUGAAGUCUGGAGGAAGCUUCUCCACGUCCUCGUCUACAGGAGAGAUCAGUCCAGGAGAGAGCACCGAGCAAGAAGUCUGGUCCUCACCAGAAGCCAGGCAGGACGAGUCGGACCAACACGACAGUGUGGCCAGCAUGUUUGGCCUGAGCAUGGCUAACUUGGAUCUGGACCGCGCCCAGAAUGUGGCCCACAUGCAGGAAGCUAAACGCUGCUUGCAGAACUGCAUCGCCGUGAACGCCUCGUUCCCCUUCAGGAUCUUCAAGCGUAACUUCCCGGGAAUCUCCAGAUCCACAUACUACAACUGGAGGAGGGAAGCCAUGUUGUUCAAUAGAGGCUACAAAGCCAGCAGCAGCGAGGACAGCUCGGAUGUCGAUAAGAGUCAGAGUCCGAAAAGUCUCUCGCCCGUCUCGGAGAAUGUCGCCCGGGAUGUGGCACCCAGGACGAGGAUCUGCAGGCAAAGGCAUAGAAGUUUCCGCUUGGCCUACAUGGGUAAGAAACAACUGCGAGACGGCGCAAAGUUGCUCAUCCGGAAGUCGAAAUUGUCCUUAAGCAAGUUCAAGAUCAGGUUCCCGUCCUUGUCGCUUUGCUUCUUCUGGCUCUGGAAGAACAGCAACAGGAAGAUGAAAGCAGCCAAUCAGAGUCCAGAGGCCAUUAAAGUUGAGGAAAGGCCCCUAGCCGCCUCCGCAGAAGUCCCGAUGGCGGACAGCCACAAGUCGCUCCUUUUUGGGGAGAGCCUCAAUUGCGCAUCUCGUCCCAGCGUAGCCGAUUUGGACCCCCCGCAUCACCAGCCCAGCUUGGCGGGGGCGCGGCUGGACGAGCGCAUGCUCGCCAUGGAUGUGGUGGCUCUGGCCAACUUCAAGGCCAAAGCCAAGCUGUUCCUGCAGCAGCGCUUUGAGGAGAAAUCCUUCCCCACUUUCAAGGAGUUCCGCUCCUACUUUCCCUUCACGCCGCGCUCCACCUACUACAUGUGGAAGCGGGCUCUGCACCACGGGGUGUCGCUGGUUCACGGCUAAAGCCUUACGCUACGGCUUGUUCGCACCCUUUCCUCCUGCUGGAAAUUUGCACAUGUGUGGAAAUGCUGCGGGCGUGUUGGAAACCCACAGGCAAAAGGCAGUUCAAAGCUUUGACUUCCUGCUAGGCACCGUACCGGGCACCCUUGACUUUUCAAUGUUAUUAUGACCCUCCUUGGAUUUUUUUUAAUGACUAAUUCUGACAACUGAGCCUUUUUUUAGACAAGAUUUUAGGUACACGCAACCUUUUUUGUUUUGCUAAUCAACACGAUCGCGACUUGCACUACACACACUUGAUGAAUGUCACGACCUUGGAUUUAAAGAUGCUGAAUAUAAAUGAAGAUGUUUUAUUUUUUCUACUCAUGCCAGAACUACCUACGACUUACGAUAAGCUAUGACUUGAGUCACUCCAGUGUUGCAGGAAAAAGUACCACAGAGCUGUUGUAUUUAUUUUCUGUUUAGACAAACUGUACUAUGUUGGUCAAAUAAUAAACCGUGCACCGCCAACUCAUACUUUUUGCUCUUU